GGCUGGCCUGAGAACCUGGGAGGAGCCAGACGGGUUGGGGCUGCAGGGAGAGCGGUGUGGUGCUCCGAAUCCGGGAAGCCCGAGGUGAAAGAGCCAGCUCUGAGCCUUCCCAGGCCCCUCUCUGGCGCUGGUCCCUCGCUCUCUGCCGGCUGUCAUGUGGGCUGCCCUGAGGUUAGCCCUGAGACCGUGCGCCCGCUCCUUUGUCCCCGGGCUGCGCGCUUAUCACGGGGACUCGGUGGCCACGCUGGGCACCCAGCCAGACUCGGGCUCUGGCAUCUACCAGGAAAACUAUGAGCAGAUGAAAGCACUAGUAAAUCAACUCCGUGAACGAGUGCAGAAAAUAAAAUUAGGAGGCAAUGAGAAAGCCCGACAACUCCACAAAUCAAGAGGAAAACUUUUAGCCAGAGAAAGAGUGGACGGUCUUAUAGACCCAGGGUCUCCAUUUCUGGAAUUAUCUCAGUUUGCAGGUUACCAGUUAUACACGAAUGAGGAGGUCCCCGCUGGUGGCAUUAUUACAGGCAUUGGGAGAGUAUCAGGAGUAGAAUGCAUUAUUGUUGCCAAUGAUGCCACCAUCAAAGGAGGUACCUACUACCCAGUGACUGUGAAGAAACAUUUACGGGCGCAGGAAAUUGCAAUGCAAAACAGACUCCCCUGCAUCUACUUGGUUGAUUCAGGAGGAGCAAACUUACCUCGACAAGCAGAAAUAUUUCCAGAUCGAGAUCACUUUGGCCGUAUUUUUUAUAACCAGGCAAUUAUGUCUUCUCAAAAUAUUGCACAGAUAGCGGUGGUCAUGGGCUCUUGUACGGCAGGUGGUGCUUAUGUGCCUGCGAUGGCUGAUGAAAACGUCAUUGUACGCAAGCAGGGUACCAUUUUCUUGGCAGGACCCCCACUGGUGAAAGCCGCCACUGGAGAGGAAGUGUCCGCUGAGGACCUCGGGGGUGCUGACCUGCAUUGCAGAAAGUCCGGAGUGUCCGACUACUACGCUUUGGAUGACCAUCAUGCCCUUCACCUAACUAGGAUGAUUGUGAGGAAUCUAAAUUACCAGAAGAAAUUGGAUGUUACUGUAGAACCUUCUGAGGAUCCUUUAUUUCCUGCUGAUGAAUUGUAUGGAAUCGUUGGUACUAACCUUAAGAGGCACUUUGAUAUUAGAGAGGUCAUUGCUAGAAUCGUGGAUGGAAGCAGAUUCAAUGAGUUCAAGGCCUUCUAUGGAGACACAUUAGUUACAGGAUUUGCUAGAAUAUUUGGAUACCCUAUAGGUAUCGUUGGAAAUAAUGGAGUUCUCUUUUCUGAGUCUGCAAAAAAGGGGGCUCACUUCAUCCAGAUGUGCUGCCAAAGGAAUAUUCCUCUGCUGUUCCUUCAAAACAUUACAGGAUUUAUGGUUGGUAGAGAAUAUGAAGCUGAAGGGAUUGCCAAGGAUGGUGCCAAGAUGGUGGCUGCUGUAGCCUGUGCCAAAGUGCCUAAAAUAACCAUCAUCAUUGGGGGGUCUUAUGGGGCUGGAAACUAUGGGAUGUGUGGCAGAGCAUAUAGCCCAAGAUUCCUCUACAUGUGGCCGAACGCUCGCAUCUCGGUGAUGGGAGGAGAGCAGGCAGCCAAUGUGUUGGCCACAGUAGCAAAGGACCAAAGAGCACGUGAAGGGAAACAAUUCUCCAGUGCUGAUGAAGCAGACUUAAAAGAGCCCAUCAUUAAGAGAUUUGAAGAAGAGGGAGACCCUUACUAUUCCAGUGCAAGGCUGUGGGAUGAUGGGAUUAUUGAUCCGGCAGACACCAGACUGGUCUUGGGUCUCAGUCUUAGUGCGGCGCUCAACGCACCAAUCCAGAAGACUGACUUUGGCAUCCUGAGGAUGUAACUGGAAUCCAAGGCUUCUUCCAUGGGAUGUGCACCAAAAAUGGAUGUGCUAGUAGCCUUAAAAUUUUAGACUUUCCCAAAUGUGGCUGUUACAGUGAAAUUGUUUCCUGAACAGAGUGCAUUUUACUUUUCUACCUUAAAAAAAAAAAAAAAGUGAGGAUAUUUAUUUGAUGUGUUUUAAUUCUCUGUCCAUUUUCUUAGAGAAAUUUUUCUGCGGCCCAGAUUUACAACCCAUAAAAUGAAGAGAAUAACUUACAGUUAGCCUUUUUAACCCACAUGUAGUGUGAAAAGUCCCCUAACCUAUAAAUUCCAGGGAUGAUUGAGGUUGUUCACAGAAAGUUGUUUUUCCACUGAAAUGGUUGCUUUGGUGAUUAUGCAUGAUGCUGUUUUAACACACACAGUUUUUAAAAGCAUCUAUUACUUUGCCUCUCAGCCACCAUCCUGCUCCUUUUCCUAACAGUCAGACUUGCUGCUGUCUGCUCUGGGGGCUCCCUUUCCUCCCCAUCUCUCUUCAUCCCUCUCCUCACUGACUUCCACUGCCAAGAGCCCUCUCCAAGGUUGGCCUCCAUGUUGCUGAAGCCAGUGGGUUCUUUCCCGAUGUUACUGGACUAAAUUCUCUGCGGCACGAAGAGCAGUUGAACACUUGUUCCUAGCAGUGCUAUCCUUAGCUUCCAGACUGUAACUCUAGGUUUUCUACCAAACUCUUUGGCCCAUUUUGUUCUGUCUCCUUUGCCAGGCCCUUUUCCUCCACACAUUUCUCUCCCACCCCCUUCUCCAUUUGUCCCAAUUUUUCAUUAGUAAAACAUAAAUAGAUUCUGAUUCUGAAAGAUACAAAAACAACAUGAACGUAUCUCCUCAUUCUUUUUUAAAAAUUGUGGUAAAAUAUAUAUAACACAAAAUGUACCAUUUUAACCAUUUUUAGCUGCACAGUUCUGUGGCAUGAAAUCUAGUCACAUGGCUAUGCAACCAGGCCACUGUCCAGCUCCAGAACUUUUCAUCAUUCCAAACUGAAACUCUGUUAUGAAACUCCCCAUUCCUUCUCCUCAGCCCCUAGCCCUCUCUUCAUUCUUAAAUGGGGGUGUUUCUCAUGGUUUGGUUUAUUCUCAUCAGGUCAUUUUAGCCCUUAUGGCUUCAGUUGCUGUCUGAAUGUGGAUGAUUCCUGCAUUCACACUGUUCUCCCUGAGCUCCAGACCUGUGUAUCUUAACAGGUCUACUGGAUGUCUGCACCGAUGGUCUUAUAGGAACCUCAGAUUCAAUCAUUCAAUCAUCAAGAUCCAUUGAUUUUGCCUCCUAUCUUUUGAAUUCCCCAUUAUUUUUGUCUUUCACUACCAUGGGCUUUAGAAGUGGUCUCCUGCAUCCAGUCUUAGCUAGUACUGCCUCUCUCUUACUGUGAGAUGAAGAUGACCAUUCUAAGUGUGCAUCUGGUAUGUUCCUCCCUUGCUUAAAUGUCUCACUGGUUCCCUGUAGAAGUACCAGACCCCUCAUGCUCUCUAGGACCACGAUCAUCACAUCCCUUCUUCUGUCUCAUCUGUGACUCUUCCUCAUGCUCAGUGCUCCAGCUGUUCUAGAUUUUUUGUUCCUUGGACCUAUAGAGUCCUUCCCACCUUGGGGUCCACCACCCAGAGUUCCCUCUGCCGGUACCAUUCUACCUUCCCUUAAACACUUACCUUUUUGUCUCUUUGACUCCCCUGGGCUGGAUAUUAGACACUAUGUGCUCUUGUAAAGCACCAGCCACUUUCUCUGUGUUACAUAUAUAUGAGAAACAUAAAUAUUUCUUUAAUAUUGGCUUCCUGCUAGAGGGUAAGCUCUCUGAGAGCAAGGAUGUGCUGUUUAGCCUGCAUCUCUAGUCCCUAGCACUUAUAGGUGCUUACAUGUUUGUUGAAUGGAUGAGAAAAGCCAGAUUUUAAUUGAUGUCUUCAGACCACAUUACAACGAAGUGAUUGAUUGUAUCAUCUAAUACAACUAUCCAGUGCUUUCCUAAUAAAAUUAAUAUUUCAAA